AGAGAGAAGAAGAGGAACGACAAGAAGAAGAAGAAGAAGAAGAAGAAGAGGAGGAGGAAUAAGAGCGGAGAGGGUUUAAAUCCUAGAGAGAGAUGUUGUAAGAGGCGAGCCGGAGCGCGUGGCCGAGCCGCGGAGGAGGAUUAUCGUUGUUCGCGUGUUUACAGAGAAAGUCCGCGUCUUUUUUGAUGCUGCUCUCACGGAGGUUUGAGCCAAUAACGGACUUGUGGGUCGGCUGAACCAUGCAGAGGCUGCUGCUCCUGACUUUACUGCUGACUUCUCAAACUGUGUGGACGGCGAGAUUCUCUCAGGAGCCGGCAGACCAGUCGGUGGUGCGGGGCCAGAGGGUGAUCCUGUCCUGCGUUGUCUUCAACUACUCCGGCAUUGUUCAGUGGACCAAGGAUGGGCUGGCUCUGGGCAUCGGAGAGGACCUCCGGGCCUGGCCCAGGUACCGCGUGCUGCGGGUGCAGGAACUGGGUCAGUACAACCUGGAGAUCCUGUCGGCGGAUCUGUCCGACGACUCCCUGUACGAGUGUCAGGCGCCGGACGCCGCCCUGAGGUCCAGGAGGGCCAAACUCACCGUCCUCAUCCCCCCGGACGACCCGGUGAUCGACGGCGGCCCCGAGGUGCUGCUGAACGCCGGGGAGUCCUACAACCUGAGCUGCGUGUCUCGAGGCGCCAAACCGCCGUCCAUGAUCGAGUGGCUGAAGGACGGCCUGCCGAUAGACGGCGCCGUCAGCGCCACCGAGGUGCUGUCGGACAGGAAGAGGGUGACCACGCGCAGCUACCUGCCCAUCCACCCCGUGGACACCGACACCGGCAGGACCUACAGCUGCGUGGCCACCAACCUGGCCGUCCCCACCGGGAAGAACACCACCGUCACGCUCAACGUGCACCAUCCACCGACUGUGACCUUGUCCAUUGAGCCUCGCUCUGUCCUGGAGGGGGACCGAGUCACCUUCACCUGCCAGGCUCACGCCAACCCUCCCAUAAUGGGCUACAGGUGGGCGAAGGGUGGCGUGGUGCUGCAGGGCGCCCGGGAGAACGUGUUCACCACCAAGGCCGACCACUCCUUCUUCACCGAGCCCGUCUCGUGCCUGGUCUUCAACGCGGUGGGGAAGACCAACGUCAGCAUCCUGGUGGACGUCCACUUCGGCCCGAUCCUGCUGGUGGAGCCGCAGCCUAAAACGGUGGACGUGGACUCCGACGUCACCCUGAACUGUAAAUGGGCCGGAAACCCUCCGCUCACGCUCACCUGGUUCAAAAAGGGUUCGAACAUGGUUCUGAGCAACAGCAACCAGCUGUACCUGAAGUCGGUGAGCCAGGCGGACGCCGGUCAGUACGUCUGCAAAGCCAUCGUCCCCCGGAUCGGCGUGGGGGAGACGGAGGUCACGCUCACCGUCAACGGUCCUCCCAUCAUCUCCAGCGAUUCGGUGCAGUACGCCGUGCGGGGCGAGCGGGGAGAGGUGAAGUGCUACAUCGCCAGCACGCCGCCGCCCGACAAGAUCGUGUGGGCGUGGAAGGAGAACGUGUGGGAGAAGGAGAAGGGCACGCUGCUGGAGCGCUACACGGUGGAGCAGAGCAAGCCGGCGGCGGAGGGCGGCGGCGUCCUCUCCACCCUCACCAUCAACAACGUGAUGGAGUCCGACUUCCUGUCCACCUACAACUGCACGGCCUGGAACGCCUUCGGCCCCGGCACCAUGAUCAUCUCGCUGGAGGAGAUGGAGGACAUUACGGUGGGGAUCAUCGCCGGCUGGACCGUCGGCUGCACCGUCCUCCUCUUCAUCUUCCUGCUGGUUCUUGUUCUGAUCUUCUACCGGCAGCGCAAAGGCAGUCGGCGCGGGGUCACGCUGGGUAAGCCCGACAUCAAGGUGGAGACCAUCAACAAGGAGAGCCACAGCUUGGAGGAGGACUCCGGCAGCGUGUCCACGGCCUCGCGCAUGGUCAAGGCCAUGUACUCGUUUCUUCCCUCUGUGUCCUUCUCUCCCUCCAAUCAGCCCUUUAAAGACGACAUAGAGCUGAAGUCCGACCUCCGCAGCGACACCCUGGACACCCGGCAGGAGUACGACCUCAAGGACCCCACCAACGGCUACUACAACGUCCGCGCCUCCACCCACGACGAGGUGCGCCCGGCCUCCCGCUCCACCAUGCACUACUCGGACUACCGCUCGCCGACGGGGACGCCGGGCGGCGCCGCGUCCAUCAGCAGCAGCACGGGGGGCUCGGGGGCCGCGGCCGGCGGGGCCGGCGGCGGCGGCGGCGGCGGCGCCCCCGUGCCCGUGCCCCCGGGGCCCCUCACCUCGCCGGGCCGCCCGCAGGCCUGCUACGACCCGCGGCCGCCCUCCAGACUCUCCCACAUCAGCUACGCCCAGUUCAACACCUUCACCCGCGGCGGCGGCCAGAGCCAGCAGGGCCCGGCCAACCCGCCGCCGCCGGCCGGCGCCGACUUCCCCGGCGACUGCAGCCUGCUGGACUCCGCCUCCCAGCUGGCCUACGACAACUACAGCUACCCCUCCCACUACCCGACCUACCGCAUGGGCUUCGCGCCGUCCAGCCUGGCGCCGCUGGAGGCCGGCCCCUCCUACGAGAUGUACGGCGUGGGGAGCCCCGGCGGCGUGGGCGGCCCCGGCGUGGGCGUGGGCGUGGGCGCCGGGGGCCCCGCCCCCGCGGGCUCGGAGCCCGGACUGGGCAAAUACGGCAGCUCCACCCGCUUCUCCUACACCUCGCAGCACUCGGACUACUCCCACAGCCGCCACACGCAGCGCAUGCAGACUCACGUGUGAGACGCGGCGUCCGAGCCGGGCGGGCGGCGGGAGGCGGCUUAUAAAUAGUGUCACACACAUUCACACACGCACACACACACAUCCACACACUGCAUAACACUUCAAAACACACACACACACACACACACAGACACACACAUGCACAAAUCAGAAACCCGUGGAGGACGGGGGCGGGCCGGGGAAGGGAAAUUCCACGCAGUCCUGAAUUCCCUCGCUGCCGAUGUGUUUGGAGAAGAGAGCUCUGAGAGAGCGGACCGCGCAAGUCACAAUCACGAGAGGAGGACGAGGAGGAGGACGGGAGGCCACGGCCUUCGCCGUGUGGGACCGACUUUGUGUCACGAUGAGAGACGAGCGUCUCGCAGCAGACGGACUGUCAGACAGAAACCUCCGCCGGUGCUCGCCGUCCCUUCCAUCCGCCGCUCGCCUUCUUGGUGGAGCGCGCGUGGACGGAGUCUGCUCAGCGUCACUGCUGCUGCAGGGGGAGGGAAGGCGGCGGGAGGUGUGUGUGUGAGUGAGUGAGUGUGUGUGUGUGUGUUGAGGCUUCGGGAAGGUUCGCCAUCAUUUUGCACUGCAUCCACGGUUAUUCAUGCUUAGACGUCCUUUCUGAUCGAUGUCCGGGGUGCGAUUUGCCGAAGGGGGGGUGGUGGGGGGGUCUGCAUGUUCCCCUCCGGCAGUGGGAGAUGGACGCCUCUUCACCAGCAGAACAUUCCGCAGUGUUUCCAGUGAGAAAUGGAGCAAAGCUUUAAGCAGGUCGGCCGCCACAUGGGUCCAAAUGAAGGAAGAAAAAAGACAAAGUUCUGUGCAAUGAGGCUCCGUUUUCCGUUGGAAACGCUUCGCUUUCUGAUCAAAACUUCCACUUCACCUCCGUCUCUGUUUACUCGGAGAGCAAACAGCCUAACUUCAGUGACUUCUGAUUUUUGCACAACAGCUAACUUUAUGAUUCUUCACUAUAUUCUGACAUUCAGUUCCUUCUGCUGGGGGAAAUGCUCGCCGCCCCCCUCUGCUGGCCUCCUCCCGAAUCGCGCCCCGCCCGCAUCUGUGCGUUUUUACGUCUCCUUUUUAUUUGCACACCGAGACUAGAGCUUUGUAUUCUAUUUUUUGAACAUUACAGAAUUAUUUUUGUCUAUGUAUAAACGUGUAACGUGUACGUAAACGGACCAAAAGUGGGAGCGGCGAGCGAGGAGGGCGGUUCCAGGACGAGAGACAGGUGCAUCAGUGCGUCGACCUAGUGCCAAGUGUUCAUGUUGUUCUCCACCGCAGACCGCAUAUAUGCAGUAGGAGCUCCUUCUAUCGGCCUCCAGUCGCCCCAGACGCUUCUUUUCUUCCCUGUUAUUUGGGGGAAAAAAGAAACGACAAGCCGGGCGCCGACGGAGAGAGAGAACAAACAGAUGUUGGGUUUAGAGUGGCCUUAUCGGGGAACCUGUCAUACAUUUCCAUUUUUGAAUCAUUCCUCAUUGUCAGUCUGCCAAAUAAUAUAAUAAUAAUAAU